CUGCGUGCUCGUGUCGCCACCCACAAAGACCUGGACCAUGCGUCGCGGCUGCGUGCACGGGCAUGAGAUGAGCACCCCCUCACUCACUACACUCUCGUGCCCAUGCCCCCGCCACCUGCGCUGUCCCCGUCGCCACCCACUCACCACGUUCACGCACACCGUGUCACUCUGUACACUUCACUGCUGUGCUGACCCAAUGCAUAUACGCUACGCAUGGAUAAAUAGCCAAGCCACACACAGCCCCCUCCAACUGCAAAGAAGAGAGGUGCCUGCCAUGGCGCAACCAAGAACAGCAGCGCUCCUCUUCCUCCUCGCCGCCUCCGUCGUCGCCGCGGCGGCAGCAGAGGUAGAGGCGCCGGCACCAGCGCGUGCUGCGGCGACGACGACAAGGACGACGGGGUGCCGGCGCGGGGACCUGGUGGUGCGUCAGCGCGCGACGGGGCGCGUGGUGGAAGGGAAGCCCGAGUACGCGGUGGAGGUGCGGAACGCGUGCCGGUGCGCGCAGUCCCGCGUCCUGCUGCGCUGCUACGGGCUCAGCAGCGUGGAGGCCGUGGACCCGCGCGCCAUCCGCGCCGUCGACGGCGAGCGAUGCCUGCUCCGCGGCGGCCGGCCGCUGCCGCCGCGCGGGGGCGCCGUGCGAUUCACCUACGCCUGGAUGACGCCGCAGGACUUCCCGCUCGUCAGCGCGCACCCGCACUGCUAGCUACCUACUACCCUUAAUUAAUCCUUACUGCCGUUAGUUCCUACGACGUACGUACUGAUUCAUUCAGCAAUACAAGCAAGAUUAUAUUAUUCGCCUGUUUGUUUGUUUGUUUGUUUGUUUGUUUUUCUUUCGAUUCAGUUCCAAUUCCAAGUGUAAUUAACUGAACGAGCGAGCUUGAUUAGUUUUGGAUCGAUUUACAGCACUAGCUA